UCAAGAGAGACCAGAGAGACAAGAGCAGGCUGCUAGCUUUGCACCACUACUAUUAGCUCUUUCCCCCAACAAGCUCCUCUUGACCGACCUCGCUGUACACACACUCUUCAAGAACUUGCCAUCCAGUCGAGCUCUCGAUCACGGUCCUGAAUGGACUUCGACAUGCUGAAUUCCCACCCGGAGGCGCAGCUCGAGCUGAUGAACGCAAUGCUCCAGCUCGAGCAGCUCACCGCGUUCCCCGACCACGGCGCCAUGAUGAUGGUGCCGUCGACUCCCCCGUCGCCGCCGUGCAUGCAGCAAGCUCCUCACCACCACUUCUCCACGGUGCCUCAUCACAUGUCCACGGGCGGCGGCGCCAACGGCGGCCGCGCCACCUACCACGACGACCACCAGUACUCCACGGUCACAGCCCGCUCGGAGUCGUACGUGGCGCGGGACGUCUACCCUGCCGGCGGCGGCGGGGACAACGGCGGGGAUCAGGGCGGCGCCACCGCCGCCGUGGGGUCGUCGGCGAUGCGGGAGAUGAUCUUCCGCGUGGCGGCGCUGCAGCCGGUGAACAUCGACCCGGAGAUGGUGCGGCCCCCGAAGCGGCGCAACGUGCGCAUCUCCACCGAUCCGCAGAGCGUGGCGGCGCGGAUGCGGCGGGAGCGCAUCAGCGAGCGCAUCCGCAUCCUGCAGCGGCUCGUCCCGGGCGGCACCAAGAUGGACACCGCGUCCAUGCUGGACGAGGCCAUCCACUACGUCAAGUUCCUCAAGACGCAGGUGCAGUCCCUCGAGCGCGCCGCCGCGGCCAGCGGCCGCCGCCCGGCGGCGCCACCGGCGGACGACGGCGGCGCCGCACCCUACCCCGGCCGCGUCAACGGCCAGUGGUAGAUCGACCGAUGAUGGAACGAUCGCGCGCCGGGCGGCCACCCUUCCGUGUCCAGCUGACGGCCGGUCCGGCGGCAUGCAUGGCCAUGUUGUGAUCAUUAAUCGCCGUUGGACCUGGAGCUUUGCACGUACGUACUACGACGAACACCCGCGUCGGCAGCACUUGUACGAUCAUAUGUAGUGUAAAUUAUUAAGAUGAUGCACUUUUGGCUCGACGCCUUACAUUUUUACUAGUAAGUACCUAGAAAUGUAGCUUGUGACUGCCCUUUGCAUGCUUGCGACUAUACUCGCAGCACAUGGACACAUCACAUGUAGCUUGUACAUUGCACGCAUCUCAUGCUAUGAACGUGUUAAUUUCCAUUCGUUGCCA